AUGGUUAAAUGCACCAAGAAGGUCAGCAUCGUUGGUAAAUAUGGGACCAGCUAUGGAGCCUCCCUACGAAAAAUGGUGAAGAAAAUUGAAAUCAGCCAGCACACCAAGUACACCUGCUCCUUCUGUGGCAAGGCUAAGAUGAAGAGACGGGCUGUGGGGAUCUGGCACUGUAGUUCCUGCAUGAAAACAGUAGCCGAUGGUGCCUGGACCUGCACCACCUCGGCUGUCACAGUUAAGUCUGCCAUCAGAAGACUGGAGGAACUAAAAGACCAGUGGAAACUCCAUAGACAUUUGGAAUGUCUUUUGGAA